CAAUCACACCCACAACCCCCCAAACACCAAAUCAAGAUGGCUCCCUUCCGCGCCGAACACAUGGGGUCCCUCCUGCGGCCCCAAAACCUUCUCGACGCCCGCGAAGCUAUCCGCGACAAGGGCCUUUCCCCCGAAGAGGCCGGACUCCCCGCCAUUGAAAAGGAGGCGGUUGGCAAUGUCGUCAAACUCCAGCAAGAACUCGGCUUCAAGGCCGUCAACAGCGGCGAGUUCAACCGCACCCGCUUCUGGGGCUUGAUGUGGGACGAGUUCGAAGGGUCCGUCGCUCUGCAGGAAGCCGAGGCCAGCAUGUUUCGCCUUUACCACCCGGACGUCGUCAGCCUGAUCGAGAAGGACCGCAAGGUGAUGCCUGGCGACAGUGUCAUUGCGGGCGCCAAGUUGAGACACAACAGGGAGAAAAGCAAGUCGAACUUGCACGAGUUGAAGCUGGUGCAGCAGUUUACCCCCAAGGAGGAGUGGGCGAACAUCAAGUUGACCAUGAUCACCCCGGCCUGGUUCCACAUGCGCUACAAGCAGGGCAAGGCCUAUGCCGAAGGCGUGUAUGCGAAUGACGAAGAGUACUUUGCCGACGUGGCCAAGGUUUAUCAGGAGGAGCUCAAGAUGCUCUAUGAGGCUGGGUUGAGGAAUGUGCAGUUUGAUGAUCCUGGUUUGGCUUACUUCUGCUCCGAAGAGUUCCGCGCCGGUUACGCUUCCGACCCCGACAACACCGUCUCCAUCGACACUCUCCUUGACUCCUACAUCAAGCUUUACAACGACUCCCUCUCCCUCCUCCCCGCCGACUUCCACACCGGCGUCCACCUCUGCCGCGGAAACUUCAUCGGCGGCCGCCACUUCGCCUCGGGCGCCUACGACGUGAUCGCCCAAAAGCUUUUCCAAGAACUUAACGUCAACACCUUCUACCUCGAGUAUGACACCGCGCGCGCCGGCGGCUUCGAGCCCCUGCAAUACCUUCCCAAGAACAAGAAUGUCGUGUUGGGUGUGGUGAGCACCAAGCUGCGGGAGUUGGAGAGCAAGGAGGAGGUGAAGAGGAGGGUGGAGGAGGCUGCAAGCUGGGUCGCCAAGGGCACCGGAGAGAGCAGGGAGGAGGCGCUGAAGAGAGUGAUGGUCAGCCCCCAGUGCGGCUUCAGUACGCAUGAGAGCGGGUACCCCCUCAGCGAGGACGAUCAGAGGGCGAAGUUGAGGUUGGUGAGGGAGGUUGCGGAUGAGAUCUGGGGGGAGGCCUAAAUCAAGUGCUAUGAGAAGGAGCUGGUUUUCCUUGCCGCAUGUUCAACAAUGGUAUGGGAGAAGGGUUGGCAGGAUUGGAUGGGAAAAAAGCAUAUGGUUGCGAGUGGGCGGUUGGCGUAUGGGAUUGUCGUUUGAUGGCAUGGGUAGCGUGGAGUACUGGAUAUCAACUUCCAGCGUGGCAUAGAUCAAGGGGAUGUUUUUGAUUGGGUUCGUUAUAAUGAAAAGCAUGUUUUUUCCAGAGAUAUUCCUUGUCGAUUGACAAACGAAGGCUAGCCAAGGUCAGUUAUACGUUA